AUGGGUUCCUCAUCCAGUCUUCUGGGUGAAGAUAAACGCAACUUCAUCAAAGCGGAGGCACAGGCUCAGCUGAAGAACUUUUCAUCUAUCUACAGAAAGCAGUAUUCUCUGGCCUAUCUUUCCCAUGUUCAUGAUGAGCUUGUACAACGCAAACAGGAGCACUCUCAACUCCUCAAACAAAGGCACCCCCCACAGGAAGCAGAGUUGCUUUACUUUGAUAAUAUACUAUACUUUGAUGAUAACAGAAGAUGGAAGGACAGGUUUGCAGUAAUUCGUGCCAGUUACUCCCUGGAGUGCUAUGAGAGCUAUGAGACGUUUAUGAAGGGCAUGCCACCUUUUUACAAACUACAGCCCACAGGGGGCAUUAUUUUUACCACAGAAGAAACCUACAUGGAAAUGGUGGACAAGUGCUUCCCCAACACUGACUGUGUAAAGGAGGACUUUGCCCCUCCAGUGGUGGGCAUGCCAGGCCAGUUUUCAGUUUACCUCCAUCUACCAUACCAGAGAGACUACUAUUUUUGCUUCCUGACACAGGACAAACAAACUAAGUUUAUCUCAAUUUUGUCUGACUGUAUUCGCCACCAGAAUCAAGACUUUCUAAAAAACAAGAUGUAUGAAGUGCAGGCCUUCAUCAAAGCUGUUCAGCUCUACAGGCAGGAGAAGGGCCACUAUGAACCAUGGGAUAUGAUGAUAGGCAACAAUGUGCAGGUGCUGGCAAAUCUAACCAUGGAGGACUUGUUGCCAUCUCUAGAAAAAGACCUGCUUCCACGUCUGAAGGCCAAGAAGGUGGAGAGGAAAAGAAUCUGGUUCACUACAGUAGACACAGCCUAUAACUUGGUCCAGGAGACUCUGCUGGAGGGCAUGACUGCCCUGAAUGCUGAGUGCAGAGAGACAGCAAAGACUCAGAGUGCACUUUUGUGCUCCAAUAUGGAUGACAUCAUGAGCUCCAGAUCUUUCCUGGAGAACAAACUCCGAGUUACAGUAGCCGAGUCAGCCAUCGAGUACUGCAUGCAGUAUGUAGAGCCUAACCUGCCUGCCGUGCUGGAGGAGAUUAUGGAACCUAUCAGCCUUGGGUUCAUGGAGGCGCGACAGCUCAGUGAGGGCAUGAUUGAGACGGUGUGUCAGAAUUACCAGGAGGGCAUGACCAAAGAAGAUCUGCAACAGGCUUUGACUGAGAUGAGCAAACCAAACCUAGAAAUGUGUUAUGAGAAAGUAAGUGGACUACACACUCACAUCCAAGAGUUACAGAAAAUCUUCACCUACCCCAACUGCAAAACUCUGGAGCACAGCACCCAGAUAGACAUAGAACAGCUGGUGAAGAACGUUGUGUACACCUUCGAGCUUCUCCUGACCAAGGCGCCACAGGAUGCCGAUCUAAUGAAUUCCAUGGUAAAAGCCAGACACAGAGUGCUCAAGCAAUAUGACUACGACAGCAGUACACUGAGGAAGAGGAUUUUUCAGGAGGCUCUGAUGAGUGUCACACUACCCAGCAUCAAAGCCCAUUUAGCUCCUACUUUCAAACAGGACCUACCUGAUUUUGAGCAGUACAUCUUUGCUGAUUAUGUAAACUUCAUCAAUGUGGAGAAUGUUUAUGAGGACAUCUUGCGACAGAUACUAGGGAAGGAAGUUAAUAAAGUGGUGAGGGAGGCAGCUAAUAUGAAGAAAUUCAACCUGUUCACUGAGUCCAGGUACAAUUUUAGUGUUUCCAGCCUUCACUCAAAUUCUCCAGACAGUCCAGCGGGCACAAGCCCCUCACCAACACAGAGCCAUGCAAUACCAGCUUUCCCUCUGCUGAGCAACAGUCCAGCUGAGAGCCAGAACCCUGAAAACCCAGUCACAGCAGUAAAGGAGGCCCAGCAGGUGGAGGUCCAGCAUCAAGCACAAGAGGAGGAACUCGCAGAGAUAUUUGAAUGUGUAAAAGCAGGUGAAGAAGACAAAUGUGAAGAGAAGAGUGUGCUAAAUAUUCCUGUUAUAAAAGUCACAUGCUCCACACCUGAACCAGUGCUCCAGGCAGAUCUUGAGGAGACCUUUGCAGCUGCCUUAAAUUUGAAGGAGAAAACAGAAGACAAAACUGCAGAUGUUCCUACUGUAAUUACCACAGAGACAUCACAGGACAUGUCUAGUUUAGUAAAUACAGAACACGUACCUGAAACAGGCUCGCAGGCUACAACUGCUCAGAAAACAAGCAGCACUACUGAAGUUUCCGCAGUAUUGGAAGAUGAGCCCACCACCACUCUUAGUGCUCAAGACUUAUCUGACGAUUCAUCAUGGGUCACUGAGGAAGAGGAAGAGGUUGACAUCACUGAGGAUGAUGACCCAUUAGUAGUCAAAGUUCUCCCAGAACCUGAACCUGAGGAACCUGUCAUGGUGAUGUGUGAAGCAAUCUCAGAUGCUGAAUUGAGGCUUGCCAACAGCUGUGUAGGUGCCGAUGCUGAAGUAGCCCGAGCUCCUGACUGCAUCAAAGAGAUUCGUAACCUUGUGACAGAAGUUAAAGAAGUAGAGGUAACAGUCCACUGCCACGAGGACAAUGAAGAGACCAUUAAAGAGUUUGAACAAACACAGUAGGGAAGAUGGAUGUAUCAUCCUAUAAAAGUCUUUAAGCACUUUCUAAACAUAAAGAACUGAUGUGCCACUGGUUAAUGACUGUGGUUCUUAGAUUAGCAGUUUUGAUUGGAGCCUAAAUGGAACAUAAAUGGGUUAUGUAUGGGUUUAUACU